AUGCACGCUGCCCUUCUCAUUGACGAGAUCUUGCAAGUCAUCCUGGGACAGUGUUCGGACUGGCCGGACCAGGAAUACCGCCGGGUGCUGUGCCAGAUUGCGAAGUGCUGCAGAGCAUGGAAAGACCCAGCGCUAGACAGGCUGUGGAACCGCUUGGACAACAUUGAACCGCUCCUGCGCUUGCUGCCAAUGCAACUUCUCCGCCGUAAUGCAUCCCUCAACUAUAACGUCCACGUUGACAAUCUGGCGAACUUUCGCACUUACGCAUCCCGUGUAAGACACGUCACGCACCGGGGAGCUCUCCCCGUGUCCCCGUUGCUGCAAUCAAUAAUUUUGAUGCCCAAACUCUCGCAUGUCGUGCUCCGAGGCGAGGGUUGCGAGGUCGCCCCAUGCUUCAAGACGUCCCGAGCGUUACGCCACCUAAACAUCACGCUCAAUCAUUACAACAAGGAGAGACCACAUUCUAUGCUUCUGAGAAGUGAUGCUGUGGCCACGUACCUGGACUCGCUGAACGCAUGGGAUGUCGAUCUGCAGACGCUGCGGCUCCGGGGUCGUUUGUCGGCGCAACUCAGCAUGACGCUCGCCUCCUUGACCACUCUGAGGACACUGCUAUUGUAUGCAGGAGAUUCGCUCACCGCGCAAAUGCUCUUGGCUAUAGCCAACUUCCCUCGCCUCCGGCGACUCGACGUGCAAGCCACCCAUAUAAAUCCGAGCACAUUUUUUGAAACGCUUUCUCCGUCCGCCCCGCCUUUAUUCCCAACGCUGCAAAAUCUCAAGAUUUCAUGCCAGCCAGACUUCCUGGCUGCUCUGUUACAGACGCUCCCAGUCGGCGUCUUGCAGAAGGUUCAGAUUGACACGGCUUACUCACCCAUAUCAUUCCAUCCCUCCUUCGAGCGCCUAUCUCUGAUAGGUUCGCAUAGCCUCGAAGAGCUAUGCGUAGAGGCAUUCAUCCCGUCAGAUGACGUAGAAUACAGUGGCGCUGUCCAUUCAGACAGGGCGCUGACGAUCAGCGCUCUGCGCCCUCUCGCCGGCCUCAAGGCCCUGCGUCGCUUUUCGAUUCAUGGGACGGCGCCUCCGGACUUCUGUGAUGGAGAUAUCGAGCAGAUUGCGGCAUGGUGGCCGCGCCUAUCUCUGCUGAACCUGGGACUCAUAGAAGACUUCCACGCCGACGCGUUUUCCCGACUGACGCCUGCGGUGUUCUUUGUGCUUGCCAAACUGUGCCGCGAGCUCAAGUCGUUGACGCUCCCCGUGGACAUCCUUGAUUCGGCGCUCCCACUGCCGCCGCCGGGCGCGCACCUCGCGAUAUCGCUGUGUUCCCUCAGGAGUCUCUCCAUAGGAACGGCACCGCUCUCGCUAGACUGUAUAUCAGUGUUCGUUAGACAUGUGGUGGCCGCGUUCCCCGGCGUUGAAAAUGUAGACUCGACCUCGUGGGGCGGCUAUUGGUUGGAGCAUGCCGAAGAAUGUAUCGACUUGAGGCCGGGUGCCGUAGGACCACUAUCAGACAGGAUCGUGGUGGGGGACAGACGCUACCGGUUCGUUACUCACUCUUAG